AGUGUAUUUUCAACGGUCAUGGGAUGAGCAUCGAUGUAUCCUAUAUACGCGUUAUCUCUGGCGCCCCCACACUCACUCACUCUCUUUCUCACACUCUUUCUCUCUCUUUCGCUCUUUGCUUGUGUGUGUUUCUCCCUUUCUUUCUUUGUCCCUCUCGCUCUCUACCUCUCUCGCUCAUAGACCAAGAUCUAGAACGCGCGCCAAUAUUUGUCCAGCAAAUUAAGCAACAAUACAAACAAACACAAACAAAACCAAAAUAAGAAAGAGAAAGAAAAAGAAAAAAAAAACUACAAACUCGGGAAAUUUACGUUAUGUGCCAAGUUCAUUUUUAUUGUUAAGUAGUUGUUUUAUUUGCCGCCUCAUUGCUGAAAAUGUGGCUCACCGAUUGUAGCACGAUGACACGCUAUAAACAGACCGAGUUCACGGAAGAUGAUUCAAGUUCAAUUGGUGGCAUACAGCUGAAUGAGGCGACGGGACACACCGGCAUGCAGAUACGUUAUCACACGGCCCGGGCUACAUGGAACUGGCGAUCACGGAAUAAAACUGAAAAAUGGCUGCUUAUAACGACGUUUGUGAUGACGAUUAUGAUUUUGGCACUGCUCACGAUGAUAAUCUCAAAUGGCUCUGACAAGACCAAUCAUGUGGUACACGUCCAACAUAAGAAGGACUGUGUGGGGGAGAAUGAGAUGCCCUGCCUCAACGAGCAUUGUAUAUUUGCCUCCAGCGAGAUUCUCAAGUCUAUAGAUGCCAGCAUCGAUCCCUGUGAUGAUUUCUAUGGUUAUGCAUGCAAUCAAUGGAUCAAGAACAAUCCGAUACCGGAGGGUAAAUCGACGUGGGGCACAUUUGGCAAGCUGGAGCAGAUGAAUCAGCUAAUAAUACGCAAUGUGCUGGAGAAGCCAGCAAAAACCUUUAAAUCGGAUGCGGAACGCAAGGCCAAAGUAUACUAUGAGUCCUGCCUGGAUGUUGAUGAGCAUAUGGAGAAAUUGGGGGCCAAGCCAAUGAACGAUUUACUUUACCAAAUUGGUGGCUGGAAUGUGACGCAGAGCGGCUACAAUGUGACCAAAUGGCAAUUGGGCACUACGCUCAAAACAUUGCACAACAAAUACAAUUUUAACUGUUUGUUUGGCUGGGCCAUCGGCGAGGAUGAUAAGAACUCUACACGGCAUGUCAUCCAAAUAGAUCAGGGCGGAUUGACGCUGCCCACCGCCGACUACUACAACAACAAGACGGACAUUCAUCGCAAGGUGCUCAGCGAGUAUAUUGAAUAUAUGACCAAAAUAUGCGUGCUCCUCGGCGCCAAUGAGACUGAGGCACGCAUCCAAAUGGAGGGCGUGAUCAAUUUUGAGAAGAAACUGGCCAAUAUCACAAUACCGAUGGAGGAUCGACGCAACGAGGAGGCCAUGUAUCAUCCGAUGGAACUCAGGGAUCUUACCCGAUUGGCACCGUUCCUCAAUUGGACGGAUCAUUUCGACAAUGCCAUGCAAAUGGUCAAUAGGCGUGUCACAAACGAGGAGGUUGUCGUCGUCUAUGCCCCCGACUUUCUCAAGAAUCUGUCCAACAUCAUUAUGAGCAUGCAGCAAACGGAGGCGGGCAAAAUAACGCUGAACAACUAUCUGAUUUGGCAGGCGGUCCGGACGCUGACCAGCUGCUUGUCCAAGCCCUUCCGGGAUGCGUAUAAGGGCGUGCGUAAGGCGCUGAUGGGCUCCGAUGGCGGCGAGGAGGUGUGGCGCUAUUGUGUCUCCGACACGAACAAUGUGAUUGGAUUUGCUGUGGGCGCCAUAUUUGUACGCCAGGCAUUCCAUGGCGUUUCCAAGCCAGCGGCGGAACAAAUGAUCGGCGAGAUACGCGAAGCCUUCAAACUGAAUUUACAGAAUCUCAGCUGGGUGGACAAGCAGACGCGUGAGCGGGCCAUUGAGAAGGCCAACGAGAUUUCGGAUAUGAUUGGUUUCCCCGACUAUAUACUGAAUGCCGAGGAGCUGGACAAGAAAUAUGCCGAGUUGAACAUUACAGCGAAUGCGUAUUUCGAGAAUAACAUCCAGGUGGCAAUUUACAAUCUGAAGAGUAAUCUGAAGCGGCUCGAUCAACCGGUGAAUAAGACCAAUUGGGGCAUGACACCGCAAACAGUGAAUGCCUAUUAUACGCCAACGAAAAAUCAAAUCGUAUUUCCCGCCGGCAUACUGCAGACUCCGUUCUUUGACAUCAACAAUCCGAAAAGUUUGAAUUUUGGCGCCAUGGGCGUUGUCAUGGGCCACGAGCUGACCCAUGCCUUCGAUGAUCAGGGACGGGAAUAUGAUAAGUUUGGCAACAUCAAUCGGUGGUGGGAUGCGAAGAGCAUCGAGCGAUUCAAUGAGAAGUCCGAGUGCAUAUCUCGCCAAUAUGGCAACUACAAACUAAACGGACGCAAUCUGAAUGGCAAACAAACUUUGGGUGAGAAUAUUGCUGAUAAUGGUGGAUUAAAGGCGGCUUAUCAUGCCUAUCUGCGCACCAAGCCCGAGAAGGAUGCUGAUACCCUCAAAUUGCCCGGCCUCAAUUUGACACAUCAGCAGCUCUUCUUCGUUUCCUUUGCACAGGUUUGGUGUUCAAGCACCACGGAUGAAACCAAUCUGCUACAGAUGGAAAAGGAUCCGCAUUCGCCAUCGCAGUUCCGUGUCAUUGGCACCCUGUCCAAUAUGAAGGAGUUUGCGGAGGUUUUCCAUUGCCAGGCCGGCAAACGCAUGAAUUCGACCAAGAAAUGUGAAGUUUGGUAAAGACACAAUACGUAAAACAGAUCUCACUACGUCAUCGAAAUACCAACAAAUAAACAAAAACCAAACCAACUAAUUACCAAGAAA